AUGGAGGUGGACGACCCUGAAAGGUCACCGCCUCUUCUGGAGCAGCAGUGCAGAGAGACUGUAACCAAGGUGGAGGUGACGCAGGGGCUUGUCGAGCGUCUGCUGCAGGGGCUCGAUGUACAAAAAGCUACCGGUCCCGACAACAUCAGCCCGCACGUUUUGAAACAAUGUGCCCGCAAGCUUGCUGUACCCCCUCACCACAGUCUUCUCUGCCUGCUUACGGGAAAAUACCUGGCCCUUAGUGUGGAAAGAGGACCGGGUAGUUCCCGUACACAAGAGGAGCUCCAGUUUGGGUUCAGACCUGGGCCGUCCACCUCCGAUCUCCUCAUGCUCCUCACCGGGCGCUGGCAGGACGCCCUUGACGGCGGCCUCGACUCUGUUGUGGUGGCCCUGGAUAUAGCGGGCGCAUUCGACAGGGUCUGGCAUGGGGGCCUUCUGGAAAAGCUGAGGGCAAAGGGGAUCCAGGGUGACCUCCUUCAGCUCCUUGGCGACUACCUCCAAGGAAGGACCCUCCAGGUCGUUGUCAAUGGGCAAGCGUCCGAGUCCCUCCCGGUGAGAGCGUCAGUGCCACAGGACUCAGUGCUGGGGCCAGUCCUGUGGAACAUCUACGUGGACGAUCUUCUCCGACAGCUGCCGGCGGUCUCAGCUUAUGCUGACGAUUGCACUCUCUCCUGUACCUAUCCUCGACACGAAAGUGUGCGUGCUGCUGAAGAGAUCAAUCAGCAGCUUGGGGUAAUACAGGAGUGGGGGACGCGCUGGCAGGUGACCUUUGCUCCGGAGAAGACACAGGCAAUGGUAGUUUCUCGAUCCCCCGCUGCCGAGCCAGCAGUGGAGGGAGGGCUAAGCUUUGGUGGCCUUCCUCUCGAACUCCAGGAGUACGUCAAGAUUCUUGGGGUGGAGGUGGAUCGAGGGCUGCGGUUUGACCGCCACGUCAAACACAUUGCCCUUAAGGCCUCACACCGACUCGACGGCAUCCAGCGACGGGCGCUGCGACUGGUGGAAGCAGCAGGUGCUCCAGCCCAUCCUGAGACUCCCGUCGACACGUUAGAACACCGCAGGGACGUGGCAGCCCUUGUGGUGUUCCACAAGGCACAAGUGCAGGGUGUGCCACAUCUGGCGGGACUACGGCUGCCCACCAGAGUCACCUCACGGGACACGAGAACGGUGUCAUCCAGUGGUGACUCAGUGAAAGUGCCGCGUUCCCUCUCCAGCCAACACCAGCGCACCUUUUGGGGGCGAGUCUCCAGACUGUGGAACGGGAGGCUGUUCCAAAGUGUGGGCCCAGCCACCAGCAUGGAGCGCGCCCUUGUACAAGUGUUAUGUAUUGGCAUAUAUAGUUGA